UGUAUCAACUAAUGAUUUUGUGUGAGUGAUCAAUAAAAAGUGAAAAUGAAUAAUUUGGCUUUUGAAUAUGAUCGGGAUGGUGACCUGGAAAAUGGAAAGAGGAAGGACAUUGAAGUUACUCAAUCAGCUACUUUUGAGGAGGCUGUUGCAGUUGCAGGUACAGGCAAAUUCCACAUCUUCAUACUAUUUACUACCGGUUUUUGCAUGGCUGGUGUCAUCACAGAAUCCUUAGGAAUGAGUUUUGUUUUACCAUCAGCCGAUUGUGAUUUAAAUAUGACUCUAAAUGAAAAAGGACUUUUGUCAGCUAGUGCAUUUUUAGGUCUGGUCCUAAGUGCCCAUAUGUGGGGCUUUUUAGCUGAUACCAGAGGCAGAAAAUUUGUCAUGAGGUUGUCUCUGAGUAUUGCCCUGGUUUGUUCCUGGAUAUCAUCACUUUCUCACCAGGCUUGGCUGCUGACUUUGAUGAGAUUCUUGACUGGAUUUUUGGUUUCUGGAGCAAGUUCAACAGCCUAUGCAUAUUUAGGAGAAUUUCAUGGAGAUAAAACAAGAGCCAGGGCAAUCAGUUGGGGAGCUUCUUUUAUUUCUAUGGGAAUGGUAUUUUUGCCAGGUAAAACUAGCUCAAUUGCUUGGGGAAUAAUUCCCCUCAACUUCAGAUAUCCCAUACCAGGUUUGGGCAUAGACUGGACGGCCUGGAGGUUGUACGUCCUGAUCUGCUCGCUUCCUAAUCUUUUGGGCCUGAUUAUGAUUAUAACAUUUCCAGAAACACCAAAAUUUUUGUUGGCCACUGGAAAAACUGAAGAAGCACUCGAUGUUCUUGCUAGGAUGUACGCCAGCAAUAAAGGCCGUAAGCCUUCUGACUUUCCAAUAAAAUCCCUGGACAUUUCUGGUGUUUCUGGUAACCUGGCAAAAGCUGGAAAUGCUCGUGAAAUUGCUUCUCUCAUGAUACAACAAACAGUUCCAUUAUUCAAGAAACCACUUGUUAAAUACACACUUUUGAUUUGUAUUGUGCAGUUUGGAAUGUUUGCAUCUUCCAGUGGCAUGUUCAUGUGGUUCCCAGUGAUAGCUAACGAUUUGAUGUCAUAUUAUGACAAAUUUGGACACUAUGAUGAUGUCUGUACAGUUUUUGCAUCAAGGGCACAAUUCCUACAAUCCCUUGAGGACAAAUGUGACAUCCAAGUGAAUCCGAGUGUUUUCACUCUCACAUUGAUUUUGGGAGUCUGUUUUUCAAUGGCUUACAUCACUGUUGGCAUUGUUAUCAACAUUUUAGGGAACAAAAAUAUUCUCAUUUUUGGCUUGACUUUAUGUGGUUCUUGUGGAAUAGCUGUUUAUUUUGCAAAAGAGUACUACGUACUGGUGAGCUUAUUUGGAGUUUUUUUGGCAGCAGGAGUUUGUGUCGGUCUGAUGAACACUAUUACAGUAGACGUGUUUCCUACACAUGUCAGGGCAAUGGCAUUGUGUCUUUCCUUGAUGAUUGGACGUUUGGGAGCAUCUGCUGGUAGUAAUGGUGUCGGAUAUAUGUUGGAAUAUAAAUGCGAUGGAGUAUUCUUUGUUUUUGGUGGCAUUUUAUUAUUAUGUGCCUUUUUGACGAUCUUCAUUCCAAGAAAACGACCAGAAAAAUCGGUAACCACCCAGGAAGCAAAUAGUGUCGACAGCUAAGUUUAUAUUAAAUAUUAUUUUAUAAUUUAGGAUUAUUUAUUAUAAAAUCCAGUAAGAGUAUUGUAUAUAUAU